CAUAAUCUUGUUACACAUAUAUUUGAAGAUUUAUACCAUCUCGUUGAGUUGCAAAUUCAAAAUACCAAUGAUAAUAUUUUACUAGAUGGUACAAGUCUUUUAAAUUUAUCUGUAUUAAUAACUACAACUCAAUCUAGUCAUAGUGAAUAUGGUUUAUAUAUUAAUAACUAUGCUAGCAAACAAUUUAUUGCUACAAUUGCAUGUAUUAUUGAAGAAACUAUACUGAAUGAAUUACAAACAUCUGUAGCAUAG